AUGAUUGUCUGCAACGUAACCUCAACGACCUGCAUGACCCGCAUUACCCUACCAAAGAUGCUGGCCUCACCGUUACCACCGGCUGGAGUUCACCGUCACAUUGUCAAUGUUUCUUCAUUUGCUGGCCGAAUCCCCUUUCCGUACUUUUCUGUCUACGCUGGCACCAAGGCCUUUAUACACCAUUUCACGCAGUCAUUAGCUGGUGAGUUGGUGGGCACCUGUGUUAAGGUGGGCAAUCUUAUGCCUGGCUCCGUGAUAACGGCUAUGAACUUUGACAAGCACCCGGGUUUCUUUGCACCCUAUCCUUCCGAUUUUGCGUUCUCGGCGCUAUCUAUGUUGGGGGUGGCGAGCGAGAGUUGCGGCUACUUUGGCCAUGAACUGCAGCUAACCGUCGCUCUUGCGCAGCCCGAGUGGCUGCGCACAGCAGCAAUUUCCAGAUACAUGCUGAUCGUUCGAGAUAGGUUCUACGAGCGUCAAAAGUCGAAGGAUUUAUAA